GACUGAUUUAUCUUUGUUGGUUGGCAGUCCUCCUGAGCCUGAGGAAGCACUUAAAGGGAAAGAAGGAUACAUCUCUAGAUCUAAAUGGAGAUGGAGAAAAGUCGACACAGAUCAGGCUUAGGCUUCUCCAAAAAAUGUGAUGGAAGGGAAAGGGUCUUGGGAAGGGUGAGCUAGGAAUUGUUGAGCCUAUAAAAUUUAGGAUGAAUUACAACAGACCAGUGAUUGGAGAAGAUGUUACUUAUGAUAUUGAUGACACUGAAGAGAAUCAACUAGAUAUUGAAAGACGAUUGAGGUGGCAGCAGCAGUAUGUACUUAAUCUUUUAGAUGGUGACUUUUUUUUUUUUUUUUUUUUUAUCUGUUAUUGGAUAAUAGUGAUUAUCUACUUGUGUACUAAAAAUGGAAUGCCUUUUCUAAACCAAACAACCUUCACAAUGUUGAAUUAGAGUAUAAAGGUAGUGAUUAACUAAAGACACCAGAGAGUUGGUAAAUACUGUCAAGUACCAUAAAGAAUAGCCAUAAACGUACCUGCUUUAUUUUUCUUUUGCGAAGUAAAUCUCAGGUUGGUCAAACCUGAAACUUUUUGAUGCAUUUCAGUUAUGGCACUAAUUGCAGAUGUUCCUGAGAGGCUGUGUUAUCAUAUUCCCAUAACAAUUUGCUUAAAUUCCAGGGAUCAGAUAAGCUUUUCCACAGUGAACGAUGAAAUAAUAGCAAAAGCUGAAUGGAGCAUCAAUAUGAAUGGAUUGUGGAAGUUGUAACUUUUUCAUACAGGUUUGUACUCUUCAUUGUUGUUUUAACUUGUUAGGAAUAUGAAUUUUGAGAAUUAAACGUGCAUAUUCUCCUUCUCCCUUUAUAUUGGGAAAAUGGAUGGUUCUAAUUUGACCUGAAAUCUAUGAUGUGUAAAUCCUCUUAAAAACUUGGUCAAAAUUUUCCUCUAAUUCCAAUUGCAUUUGAUGAGGAUGUGUCAAAACUUAGCUUUGGUAGAGGUCAGAGGAACCAUUGUUCCCCUUUUCUGCAGUGGUUUGUCAAUAGAGGAAUGCUUGCCCUCCUCUCUUUCUCUCCACUUUCUGGUAUGUGACCUGGAGAGUUUGAGUGCCUUAUCCACAUACAUGCAUCGCUGGAGCUGCCUAUGGCAUUAUUUACUAUCCCUAUCUUACAGGAAAAAAAUUCACAUCCAGAAUACAUGGCCUUACUAAAUAGUUGUCUUCCCUGGUACCUGCUGCGGUGAAAGCCUGGCACUAGAUUUUGUGGCAAUGCAAUUCAAAUUUGUUACGGAAUUAUGAACAUUUCACAUGUUUUUGGAUGUUAAACCCAUGCAUAUGCUGAAUGAUAUGCUUGAAGAUUAAAAAUUUCCUAUAAUUUUUUAAGCUUUUUUUAGUUGAAAGGAGUGUUUAGUCUUCUGUAGGGUAUAUGAGUAUUCUAUCCAUGUUCACGGAUGUGCUUUGUUCUCAGUACAUAACUAAUUUGUAAACUGACUUCUAAUGCACAGGCAUACCACAGAUUUAUUGGAGCACAUGAUGGCUCCAUCUCAAAUCUUAUGGCAACAUAAAUUUGGCAUUUUAAGGUAACAGAAUUUGUUCCAAAACUUUCUAACGCUUUCAAGAAACCAAAACGGUUUUG